CUCAUAGUUUAGAACCGCAUGAUUUGGGUAUCGUCUGCUGGAAAGAAGCUGAAGAAUUUCAACCAUUUAUGCUGGCUUAUUUUAAAACAGCACACAAACGAGCACGACUAAGAACUAAAAGAGCAGCUAGAAGAAAACAGCAGAAAACACAUUACAAUCAUCAUAGUUACAACCCAUACACAGGUGCCGGUCUAGAUCGAUAUAAUACAGAAAUAAACUGCCAAAGGUGGACACUGUACGUCAGUUUUCGAGACUUAGGUUGGCAGGACUGGAUUAUUGCUCCUGAUGGGUACGGUGCUUACUACUGUUACGGUCGCUGCUAUUUUCCCUUGAACGCCCAUAUGAAUGCCACAAAUCACGCUAUUGUACAAGCCCUGGUUCAUUUCACGAAUCCGACUAUGGCUCCAAAACCGUGCUGUGCACCAACUCAACUCUCUGCCAUUACGGUGUUAUAUUUUGAUGACAAUUCGAAUGUUAUACUGAAGAAAUAUAAAAAUAUGGUUGUUAAAUCAUGUGGGUGCCAUUAGUACAUGACAGGGGCGUAGCUAGAGUUUCCAGCGCCCGGGGACAACUGAAGAAUUUGCGUCCCUUUCUGUGUGCCAAGGAUGGAAAACAUUUCAUUUAAAAAAUUUCGUAGCAUCAAUUUGGCGCCCCUUAGAGCUGCGCCCGGGGACAGAUGUCCCCCUUACCCCACCCUAGCUACGCCACUGAUACAUGAGAUGCAUAUUUGAUAGUCUGUGCAUAUUUGAAAUAUUUCUAAAAAGCUGACCAUAGAUUCAUAAUUUCAAUUUAAGUACUGAACAGAAUAAGGUAAGCUUUAGCAGAUUACGACAGUUUUGGUUACGUGACCUUUUCUAAUAAAAAAGAAAGGGCGAAAAAAAUUAUAUUUGUGCUUUAGAAAGAAUGUUGCAAAACUCUAGUUAUUUAAGUAAACAAUAUUAAAAUCUCCUCCCUUCUCUAAAAAACAUUUGUUUCAUAAUAUGCAAACUUAGCUGUAAACAUUAUCAAAAUUUUGAGAUUAAGCCAUUUUCGCAGCUAAAAAGGGGGAAGUUGGUUUUAGGGGCUAUAUACCGUACCUCAAGUACCUUCCCCCCUUUUUAACUAAUUUUAUCGUCAGAAAAUCGAAAGGGAAAAAUUAUGCGAAUCAUUCAAUUUCCGAAGAACGCGGUUACAAUAAGAACAUAAUAAAUGAAAAAUAAUCAUAUAUUAACAACUUGCAACUUUCACAAUAUUAUUUUUUUAGAUGAAAACUACAUUCCGAUAAGAAUGCAUAAUAAUAUUAACACUUCAAUAUUUGGCGGAUAUUGAGCCGAAAUCUGACGGUAAUUGAGCUUACUCAAUUAACUUGUAAAGCCCCAGGAGUACCUCGCAUGAAUGAACCUUGAAUGAAGUUCUCUAAAAGGGCUUCGGAGGAACAAGUGAGGAGGGAGAAACAAGCAAAAGACCUGCAUUUCGAAAGAUCGAACACAUCAGCAGUAGAUAAAGAGCUGGAACGUAAACAACGGAGGUAAGGUGUAACCACAUGUUUGGAAAGUUAAGUGUGGGAACACCUGCUAAGUCUUUAAAGGAGAACCUGUUUAAAGAAUAAUUUGCACAAAAUACGUUUCAAAUAAUAAAUGCAAAAGAAAGUAAAAUCGAUGAAGUUUUAAUACAAAAAUGCAAAUACAAACUGAAUAAAAAUGAAAAUAAAAAUUAUCAAAGAAAGCUUAUCUACCAAAAGACCAGCCCUCAGGGAGAAAAUCUAUGUACGAUAGACGAAAGCGAAAAUGAUAUAUAUAUAUAUAUAUAUAUAUAUAUAGGGUGUCUAUAAAGUCCCGGACCCAUUUUG